UCCACUUCCUGUCGGAGUAGGCUCGCUCUUUCUGUCCUCGCUCUUAAAACCGCCAUUAUGGGUCGUAUGCACGCUCCUGGCAAGGGUUUGUCCCAGUCGGCGCUGCCCUAUAGAAGAAGUGUCCCUACAUGGCUCAAACUGACAUCUGAUGAUGUCAAAGAUCAAAUCUUCAAACUGGCCAAGAAGGGUCUGACCCCCUCACAGAUAGGUGUGAUCUUGAGGGACUCUCAUGGUGUUGCCCAGGUGCGUUUUGUCACUGGCAACAAGAUCCUUAGGAUCCUGAAGGCCAAAGGCCUGGCCCCUGACCUGCCUGAGGAUCUGUACCACCUCAUCAAGAAGGCUGUCGCUGUGAGGAAGCACUUGGAAAGGAACAGAAAGGACAAGGAUGCCAAAUUCCGUCUGAUUCUGGUUGAGAGUAGAAUCCACAGGCUCGCCCGCUACUACAAGACUAAGAGAGUACUUGCACCCAACUGGAAGUACGAAUCCUCCACAGCUUCUGCACUGGUGGCUUAAAUUAGCAGUUUUUGGACAAAUAAAAAGUAUUUGGAUCAAUUAA